AUGGUUCAGCAAACACCAUUGCGCGUCCAUGUCUCUGUAGAAGAGACUCGGCCCCAGUCUCCCCUUGGCCAGGCGACGAUUCUUUCCCGCCCAACCCUCCAUUCGGCGCCACGCUUGCAAACUGCGAACAUUUCCAAUCAACAGUUCCAUGGGAUGGCAACGUACACAUUAUACCCGCCUUCGGAGUCGGCCAAUGACGUGGCCCUCCCAUCUGAGCACCCGUCUCCGGUCAAGAACUGGACAUGCUUUCUGGUUUUAUUCGCCAUUACGACUGCGACUUUAUUGUCCGCGGUAGUUGCGGCCGGGUGGUCGUAUCUCUGCUCGUUCUCUGGAAUUGUGCUCAUGAGGAACAUGGCACCCUAUAGCGAUGCCCACUAUUCUGCGAUGUGGGCGACAAGUACGGUAGGGGGUGUAAUCGUCGGUGGCGCAAGCGGCCUCGUCCUCCUUGCGCUGUCACGUCUUGACCAUCAUGCCGAUCGCAUAUGGCGGUAUGGCUUUGACCCGGAAAGCCUUCGGUCGAGGUACGGCAGGAUGAUUGUUAAGGUUGUCGGGGUGAUGCUUCUCGGAAUCUUUGGAACUACAGGACAGACCCUUGGUGUUGCGGUGGUCAGGACCGUCCCCGGGGCACUCGAUGCGAAGCACGCUGCCAUCAUCAGCGCCGUGGGUACGGCAUUCGGGACAGCGUUUCAACUCCCCUGGCUGCUCACUCGGUUCGAUUUUGGUACGUACGUGAUUAGUGCUGUCUUGUUCUUCCAUGCUUGGAUACGUUCAUGA